UUUCGUAACAACCGUUAAAUUCCGUCGAUACCACUCUCUGCAGCUGGCUUCGUGGCUUACUCUCAGCUUGCCGGCCUGUCAUCGACACAAUAAGAAGAGAUGGAGGAGGUUGAGGAGUUAAGGAGUGUAACUGACGCCGAACUCGACUGGUUUCUCUUCCCAUCAUCACCGCUUGCUCCGGCUUAUGCUAGGAUCUGUGAGGCAAUUAACAAGAGGGAAGUGGAAAGGCAGAAGGACUUGAAGGAUGCAUGCCGGAGCUUUGAGAAUUAUUUGGUGGAAAUGAUAGUGGAGGAAGGGAAGGUGGGGGAUUUGAUGGACGUGGAGGAGUUUCUUUACUGUUGGAAGAAUUUAACGUCUCCGGUUUUUACAGAUUUGGUUUGUAGAUUUUAUGGAGAGCUUUGCAAGGACCUGUUUUCAGGUGACGAGGGAGAGGGUGAUGUGAAUGAUCCCAACUAAAUUGACUGCUUUCUUUUGUUAUAAAUAAUGAGUGUAAUAUAUAUUGAUUUUAAUCCAACUCUUCAUCAGUUCAUCUUAU